GAGACGGCUGCACGCGGCGGGCGGGGUCUGCGCUCCUGCUCCAGGCGCCAUGGCGGCGGCGUUGGCGGCCUGAGGCGGAAUGCGGCUCACGCGGAAGCGCCUGGCUUCGGCGUUCGUGGCCGCCUACUGCCUCUUCUCGCUCUACGCCGCCUACAGCGUCUUCUUCGGCAGUCGCCGAGACCGCCGGGGCGCGGCAACCUCCACGCGAGGCCUGAGGGAUGGGACGGCCCCAGGAAAGAGUCGGCGCGGCAGCCGCGGAGAACCUUCUUCUUUGACAAAUGAGGAAUGGAAUCCCUGGGAAGCAGAUGAAAAAAUUGAGCAGCUUGCUUUGCAACAUAGAUAUGAAAGUAAUAUUCAGUUGUUUGAGAAAAAGAGAUCUCAGAAAGGAAAAAUAGACCUCAGGGUACAGAUCUGGGGCAAGGCUGCCAUUGGACUUUAUCUGUGGCAGCAUAUUUUUGAAGGCCUACUUGAACCUGCUGAUGUUACUGCUCAGUGGAGAGAAGGAAACUUAAAAGCAGGAAGAACAUAUUUCAGGUAUUGCAUUCACCUCCUUGUCUGCAUUGUCAUGCUCUUGAUGCAUAUUGAGUUUGCAGUCCAUGAAAACUGCUUCAUCACUGGUCCAGCCCUAACCCCAGGAUACUUUUCAGUUGAGGUGGAUUAUGUCGUGCUUGUUUUAAAUGGAAGAGAAGACACAAAGAUCUCUUUCGCCACACAGUGGUUACUCUAUACAAAAACUUUAAUAGACACUCGGAAACUCCAGCACGUUGCUGUUGUCUUACUUGGAAAUGAACAUUGCAACAACAAAUGGAUUAGUCCAUAUCUUAAAAAAAAUGGAGGCUUUGUGGAAAUACUUUUUGUAAUCUAUGAUAGCCCCUGGAUUAAUGGAGAAGAUAUUUUCCAGUGGCCCUUAGGGGUAGCCACAUACAGAAAUUUUCCUGUGGUGGAACCUAGUUGGUCAUUGUUGCAUGAUAAGAGAUCAUUCUUGUGUAAUUUCUUAGGAACUAUUUAUAAAAAUUCAUCAAGGGAGACUCUAAUGGACAUUUUGAAACAUGAUAAAAACAAUAAGUUGUGCUGGAUUACAGCCAGAGAAGAGUGGAAGCCUCAAGAAACAACUGAAAGUUUGAAGAACUAUCAAGAUGCUUUACUUCAGAGUGAUCUCACGUUGUGCCCUGUAGGAGUAAACACAGAAUGUUACUGAAUUUAUGAGGCUUGUUCCUAUGGCUCCAUUCCUGUUGUAGAAGAUGUAAUGACACCAGGCAAUUGUGGGAAUGCAUCCACAUCUCCUAGCACUCCACUGCAGCUUCUUAAGGCUAUGGGGGCCCCCUUUAUCUUCAUUAAAGACUGGAAAGAGCUUCCUGCUAUUUAAAAAGAGGAAAAUAUGAGCUUACAAGAAAAGAUUGAAAGAAGAAAAAUACUGCUUGCGUGGUAUCAAAACUUCAAAGCACAGCUCAAACUGAAAUUCAUUAAAACUUUAGAACACUCUUUUUUAAUGAAUGAUAACAAAGGUUAGUUGUUAAUUUGACCUCAAAGUUCAGAUAUGAAUGAAAAUGUACUUUUCAAAACUUUUAGUGUAUGUGUGUGUUUUUAAGGAAAAAUGUGUUUUGUAGUUUACAGUUAUUAGACUACUGAGCA